AUGACGAGCACGAUCGGGAUCCCCAUCAAGCUGCUGAACGAAGCGCAGGGCCAUGUCGUAACGCUGGAGAUUACAUCUGGACAGGUCUACCGUGGCAAGCUGCUCGAAGCUGAGGACAAUAUGAAUGUGCAAUUGAAGGAUAUCACUGUCACGGCGCGCGAUGGGCGGGUCAGCCACUUGGAUCAGGUCUAUAUUCGGGGAUCGCAUGUGCGGUUCUUUAUUGUGCCUGAUAUGCUUCGGUAUGGUCCCUGCUCCCAGCUCUACUGCUUCUAUCCCUCCUUCAUGCUUUCAAUCACGGAAAACCGGCUAACGCGUGAGCUGCAGAAACGCGCCGAUGUUCAGAAGUAG